AUGGAGAAAGAAUCUGGAUCAGAUACAUCUGGUCGACACGAUCUCGCCUGCGAGAAAGCAACGCCAUACGAUCAAACUUCCUCCGGCGAAACCACCCCAACCAACCCCGAUGACCUGGAAACAUACCCCGAAGGCGGUCUGGAGGCCUGGCUUGUAGUCUUAGGCUCAUGGUGCGCCAUGGUGUCAGGAAUGGGGAUGCUCAAUUUCCUUGGAACAUUACAUGCUUGGAUAUCGACUCAUCAACUGGCCUCUUACUCAUCGUCCUCGAUUGGUUGGAUUUUUUCGACCUUCCCCUUCUUCCUAUACUUUGCAGGUGUACAAAUCGGACCUCUGUUUGAUGUAUACGGCCCUAGAGUUCUGGUCAUCACUGGCAGCAUUGGUUUAGUGGUCUCUCUCAUGACUCUGUCGGUCAGCACGGAGUACUACCAAAUCAUCCUCUCUUUCGGUGUCCUCGGUGGCUUGAGCACCUGCUGUUUAUUCACCUCUGCUGUUUCCUGCAUCGGGCACUUUUUCCAUCGUCGCAGAGGAUUCGCCAUGGGGAUUGCUUGCACGGCAGGCGGAACAGGCGGUCUUGCCUUUUCGCUCAUCAUGCUGUUUCUGGCGCCCAAGAUUGGGUUUGGCUGGGCUAUACGCAUCAUUGGGUUCAUUUGUGCGGGAUUGUGUGUGGUUGCUUGUGUGUUUCUCAAGAGCAGAUUGCCACCCAACAAGGUCAAGGGGGCUAAAAUUGAUAUCAUGGCUUUGCGGGAGCCACCGUAUGCGAGUGUGACAUUGGCAAUCUUCUUGGUGGAGUUUGCGGUCUUCAUCCCGUAUACUUUUCUGGUCGACCAGGCUCUGGCGGCGGGUAUGGGGCAAAAGCUGGCUUAUGCGCUUAUACCUAUCCUCAAUGCAUCAGCUAUACCCGGUCGUCUGCUCCCUGGAUACAUUGCAGACCGCUACGGCCGCUUGAACACGAUGGUCGUGACAUCUACGCUCUGCUGUCUCCUCACCUUCCUCCUCUGGCUCGUAGGCUCCACCAACCACGCAGCCAUCAUCGCCUACACCGUUCUCUUUGGCUUCUCUUCCGGAUCCGCCAUCUCGUUGACUCCAGUCUGCAUUCAACAGGUCUGCAAGACUGAGGACAUAGGCAAGAGAACAGGCACCACUUUUACGAUAUCAAGCUUUGGAACACUGAUUGGUAUUCCCAUUGCUGGAGCUAUUCUGGGGACAGGAGGAGGGGAGGAAGGGGGAGCGAGGUAUGAUGGUUUGAUCGCUUUUUCGGGUGCGGUAUAUGUGCUUGCUAGUGUUGCAUUUGUGGUUGCGAGGGGUCUCACGGGAGGAUGGGGAUUGAGAACUGUCAUCUGA